AUGGCCAAAGAUGAUGAAAAUCCAACCCCACCACCUCCCCCAUCUAAUGACUAUCACCCUGCUAAUUCAAUUAGCAACAUCAAGAAUGAGGUUCCCGAAAUUCUUGACUGUGACAAAGGGAACUACGGUAGUUGGGUUGAACUUUUUGAGAUUCAUUGUCACUCAUGCAAUGUUAUCGACCAUAUUGAUCCUAAAUCCCCUCGUCCUACGGACCUCACAACGGCGCAGUGGAACCGCCUUGACUCGAUUGUGAAAAAGUGGAUUUACAAUACAAUUUCUGCAGAUUUACGAAGCAUGAAAUUGAAGGAACUCAAAGAUCCACUAGCUAAUGUUGGUCAGCCCGUGUCCGAGAGAAAUCUUGUUUUACGCCUUUGUGCAGGUUUAAUUGACUCAGACUACGAUGGAGUGGCUCAAUCCAUCACCCAAAUUCGACCUCUCCCCGGAUUUGAUGAAGCAAGAUCACGUAUCUUGUUAGAGGAGUCUCGAAAAUCCGCAAAGGAGAACUCCGGGCAGGCUUUUGUUACUCAAACAAGCAACACCACCUCCGCGGCAGCCGCCCAGCAGCAGCAACCGCCACAACAACAAGCCAGGGGUGGUGGUGGCGGUGGACGUGAUAGUAGCAGUAGAGGGCGGGGUGGCAAACCCAAGGGAAAAGGCAGGGGUCGUGGCCAGAACCAGCAGCACCAAUCGGCCCAAGCCCAGACCACCCCACCCAACACAUCAGGCCCAACGCAGCAGCAGUUAUGGGCGAGCUUCCAGUAA